AUGAUGACGGUUCCUUCCUUCCUUCCUUCCUUCCUUCCUUCUUUCUUUCUUUCUUUCUUUCUUUCUUACAGCUACGUCUUUCCAUUUUUUUUUCCUUCCUUCCUUCCUUCCUUCCUUCCUUCCUUCCUUCCUUUCUUUCUUUCUUUCUUUCUUUCUUACAGCUACGUCUUUCCAUUUUUUUUUCCUUCCUUCCUUCCUUCCUUCCUUCCUUCCUUCCUUCCUUCCUUCCUUCCUUCCUUUCUUGCCUUCCUACACCUACUUCUUUCCAUUUUUCUUUACUUCCUACUUUUCUUUCUUUCUUUCUUUCUUUCUUUCUUUCUUUCUUUUUCUUUCUUUCUUACAGCCACUUUUUUCUAUUUUUCCUUCCUUCCUUCCUUCCUUCCUUCCUUCUUUCUUGCCUUCCUACACCUACUUCUUUCCAUUUUUCUUUACUUCCUACUUUUCUUUCGUUCUUUCUUUCUUUCUUUCUUUCUUUCUUUCUUUCUUUCUUUCUUUCUUUCCUACAGCCACUUCUUUCUAUUUUUCCUUCCUUCCUUCCUUCCUUCCUUCCUUCCUUCCUUCCUUCCUUCCUUCCACCUUGCCUUUCACCUUUCAUUUUCCAUUUUUUCUUUACUUCCUACUUUUCUUUCUUUCUUUCUUUCUUUCUUUCUUUCUUUUUCUUACAGCCACUUCUUUCUAUUUUUCCUUCCUUCCUUCCUUCCUUCCUUCCUUCCUUCCUUCUUUCUUUUUCUUGCCUUCCUACACCUACUUCUUUUCCAUUUUCUUUACUUCCUACUUUUCUUUCUUUCUUUCUUUCUUUCUUUCUUUCUUUCUUACAGCCACUUCUUUCUAUUUUUCCUUCCUUCCUUCCUUCCUUCCUUCCUUCCUUCCUUCCUUCUUUCUUGCCUUCCUACACCUACUUCUUUCCAUUUUCUUUCUUUUCUUUUUUUUUUUCUUUCUUUUCUUUUUUCUUUCUUUCUUUCUUUCCUACAGCCACUUCUUUUCUAUUUUUCCUUCCUUCCUUCCUUCCUUCCUUCUUUCUUUCUUGCCUUCCUACACCUACUUCUUUCCAUUUUCUUUCUUUCCUUCCUACCUUUCUUUCUUUUUCUUUCUUUUUUCUUUCUUUCUUUCUUUCUUUCUUUUACAGCCACUUUUUUCUAUUUUUUCCUUCCUUCCUUCCUUCCUUCCUUCCUUCCUUCCUUCCUUCUUUCUUGCCUUCCUACACCUACUUCUUUCCAUUUUCUUUCUUUCCUUCCUACCUUUCUUUCUUUCUUUCUUUCUUUCUUUCUUUCUUUCUUUCUUACAGCCACUUCUUGCUAUUUUCCUUCCUUCCUUCCUUCCUUCCUUCCUUCCUUCCUUCCUUCUUUCUUGCCUUCCUACACCUACUUCUUUCCAUUUUCUUUACUUCCUACUUUUCUUUUUUCUUUCUUUCUUUCUUUCUUUCUUUCUUUCUUUCUUUCUUUCCUACAGCCACUUCUUUCUAUUUUUCCUUCCUUCCUUCCUUCCUUCCUUCCUUCCUUCCUUCCUUUCUUCCUUCUUUCCUUCUUUCUUGCCUUCCUACACCUACUUCUUUCCAUUUUUCUUUACUUCCUACUUUUCUUUCUUUCUUUCUUUCUUUCUUUCUUUCUUACAGCCACUUCUUUCUAUUUUUCCUUCCUUCCUUCCUUCCUUCCUUCCUUCCUUCCUUCCUUCCUUCCUUCUUUCUUUCUUGCCUUCCUACACCUACUUCUUUCCAUUUUUCUUUACUUCCUACUUUUCUUUCUUUCUUUCUUUCUUUCUUUCUUUCUUUCUUUCUGUUGUUGCCUGUUCGGUCAAAAAUAUUCCACUGUAGGAGGGUAUAUCACAACACUUUCUUUCUUUCUUUCUUUCUUUCUUUCUUUCUUUCUUUCUUUUCUCUUUUUCUUUCUUUCUUUCUUUUCUCUUUCUUGCCUUCCUUCACCUACUUCUUUCUUUCUUUCUUGCCUUCCUUCUUUUCUUUCUUUCUUCCUUUCUUUCUUUCUAUACCUACUUCAUUUCUUUCUUUCUUUCUUUCUUUCUUUCUUUCUUUCUUUCUUUCUUCAUCGUUCGUUCGAUCGUUCCUUUCUUUCUUUUUCGUUCUCCCUUGCUUAUUUCUUUCCUUCCUUCCUUCUUUUUUGCCUUCCUUCACCUAAUUCUUUUCCCUCCUUCUUGCCUUCCUUCCUUUCUUCCUUCUUUCUUUCCUUCCUUUCUUCCUUACUGUCUUCUUUCCUUUUUUCUUUCGUUCCUUCCUUCAUUCAUUUCAUCCUUCCUUCUUUUUCUUCCUUCCUUCCUUGUUUCUUUCUUUCCUUCCUGUUUCCUUCUUUCUUUUCUUCUUUCCUUCCUUUCUUUCUCUUUUCUUUCGUUUCUUCCUUCCGUCUUUCCUUCCUUCAUUUCAUCCUUCUUUCGUUCUCUGUUCCUUCCUUUCUUCCUUCCUUCCUUCCUACUGAUUUCCCUUUUCCUUUCUCUUUAUUUUCUAUUUCUUACAUGUGCCGAGUACACAUCUAUUCUUCUUCUUAUUCUUAUUCUUCUUCUUCUUCUUCUUCUUCUUCUUCUUCUUCUUCUUCUUCUUCUUCUUCUUCUUCGUCGUCGUCGUCGUCGUCGUCUGGAUAUGACGAUAAAGUGCAUCCAGAAACUAAAUUAAAAAAUCUAUCUAUCUAUCUAUCUAUCUAUCUAUCUAUCUAUCUAUCUAUCUAUAUUUCUCAUGUUGUCUGUCUGUGUGUCUGA